AUGGCCCAAUUAUGCGCUCGUAGGUAAAAUGACACCAUGAUUCCUAUGCCAUCUUGUUGUUUGCCGAUUAACACGAAUUCUAGAAGUAGGUAUCGGCCAGACGCUUUGUUCUGAUAGCAGGCAGGCUUGGUGACAUCUAUGGACACAAGACGAUGUUCCUUGCUGGAUUUGUCUGGUCCGCCACCUGGUCUGCUAUCUCUGGAACAGCUGUCUACUCGGGCUAUAUCCUUUUUAUCGUAUCUCGAGUGUUCCAUGGUCUAGGCGCGGCCCUUUCCCUCCCAAAUGGACUUGCUCUUCUAGGGGUCACGUAUCCUCCCGGAAAGCAAAAAGCCGCGGCCUUCACUUUUACCGCGACGAUGGGACCUGUUGGCAUCAUAUUUGGGUCGGCGAGCGCGAGUUUAUUCGCGUUGGUUUGGUGGCCUGUAACAUACUGGGUUUUUGCGGGAGCACUACUUGUUAUUGCUGGAGUAGGAUACUUCACCAUCCCUAAAGUCACUCGGAAGAACAAGACCCCUAAGAAUAUUAAUGCUUUGAUAACAGAGCUCGAUGUACCAGGCGCGGUCACAGGAAUCUCGGCCCUGGUGCUAAUAAGCUUUGCUUGGAAUCAGGCGCCGCUCGUGGGGUGGCAAGAGCCGUACCUCUGGGUUGCACUCAUCCUCGGCACUUUACUUGCCAUAUUAUUCCUGUUGAUUGAGAUCUACUACGCCCCUAAACCGCUUAUCCCUUUUUAUACCCUUUCGUCUGAUGUGUCUCUUAUCCUUAUUGCCGACGCCUGUGGUUGGUCAUGCUUCGGAAUCUGGGCUUUUUAUACCUGGCAGUUUGUUGAAAACAUUCGCGGUGCCUCUCCGCUUCUGGCCGCUGCGUAUGUUAGCCCAUGUAUAGUCGUCGGAAUUUUGGCCACACUAUCGACGGGUCUUAUCCUCCAGCGGUUAGGAACACUCAUCGUUGUGUCCAUCUCUCUCCUAGGAUUUACAUUGGGAUCCGCACUUGUUGCGACAAUGCCCGCUAUUCAGAGCUACUGGUCCCAGCUCUUCAUAUCUGUGUUGGUGGUAUCUUGGGCAAUGGAUACGGGUUUCCCAGCCACAGCAUUAGCCCUAUCCAAUGCUGCCGAAAGAAAACACCAAGGGACAGCGGCGAGUCUGGUGAGCACCGUUAUGAACUACAGCAUAUCGAUUGGGCUCGGUGUCGCUAGGACCGUGCAGUCUCGUGUGGACAUAGGCGGAAAGUCCAUCGGGAAUAAAUUGACCGGGUACAGAGCUGCACUUUAUUCUGCGCUCGGCUUAGCAGGACUGGGUGCACUUAUCUGUACCAUGUAUCUUUUAAAGACGCUCUGGCGGAAGCGAGGACAAUACUAUAACUUUCAUGGAUCUGUAGAAGGGAAUCAGAUCUAGUUAUGAAUGGGCAUUGGGCCUACUAAUGAGCGUAUGAUCAUGUCUCGCGUCACUAUCAAGAGCGCUAAUGGCGCUGGUGAUACGAAAAUUCAGGUGAGAAUACUGCCACAGCUAGAUAGCCAAGUGACUUGAAUGUGCUAAUAUAGGGAAUUCUAGAAAGUCAUUAAUUGUUGAAUAUUUUGUACAUAGAGUGGUGAAAAAUAGGUAGGACGUGACAGACCCAGGCAACUAAUACGAGAAGAACUAGUAGCAAAGCCACUGUCCGUUACGUGGUAUCCUAGGUAGUUGGUCGUCAGGGAAGCAGAAAAUGAGAAGCGGUCUCAUAUAUUAAGUCUUUUCAAGUUGAUUAGCGAGUUAUUUGAUCCGAGGAUGCCGAUACGGUAUGAAAUGGUGUCAUUUCAAUGGCCCCUAACUAUUCUAGUGAGAUCUUAGUAUCUUAGAGCCUUGUUCAACCUCAGCUAGGAGUCAUUUUAUUACCACGCUCGCCCACGGUGGUUAACUUGGGACGUUAUGGCAGAAGCAAUCGUAACACAAAGUCUCGUCUGCAGUGCGAUAUAAAUUACCGCUUUUACUGGAGAGAAUCGAUGAUGGCUAAACGGAAGAUGGACUGUAUCAGGUGGUCAGUUAACCAUGGAACUGAUUUGAUUGCAACGCUCAAGAAGACGGGAGAGAGACUGAAACCUGAUACAUUGUACUGAAUGUUGCCUGAUUCUUGUAAGACCUCAAUAAAAUUGUCAACUCCA